AAAAUAAAAAACAAUGAACCACAAGAUGUUUUCUCAAGUGUUUUGCACUGAUAACGUCAAUAAAAACGCCAGCGGAACAGUAGCACUUGCCAGUACGCUAGAAAACGCCAAAAUGUUGUCCCUUUUGGCACUUAUAGUUCCGCUAAUCGUAAGUACGUCAUGCGACGAAGUCUCCUCGUUGAACAACCGCUCGUUCCCUACGAAUUUUAAAUUUGGCGCCGCCACCGCCUCCUAUCAAAUCGAAGGCGGCUGGAACGCGGACGGCAAGGGAGAGAACCUAUGGGAUUGGUACACCCACACUUUCCCCGAUAAAAUUCAGAACAGGGAUAACGGUGACGUGGCGUGUAACUCUUAUUACAAGUGGAAGGAGGACAUACAAUUGCUGAAAGAUCUCGGGGUGAACCACUAUAGGCUGUCCUUGUCUUGGAGCCGGAUCUUGCCCAACGGAACCGUUAAUAACGUGAACCAGAAAGGGAUCAAUUAUUAUAUUAACAUUUUGGAGACCCUGAGGGCCAACAACAUCGAACCGCUGGUGACUCUCUACCACUGGGAUCUGCCGUUGGUGUUCCACGAGUUGGGUGGAUGGUACAACCCCUUGUUGGCCGACUACUUUGCCGAAUACGCCCGAUUGUGCUUUAAAGUGUUUGGAAAAUACGUGAAAACCUGGAUUACCAUUAACGAGCCGCAAACCACUUGCGUCCAGGGAUACGGGAUUGGCGGUAAGGCCCCCGGGUACCUCCAUAGCGGCGAGGGUGUGUACCAAUGCGCUUUUACUAACGUUCUGGCACACGCCAAGGCUUACCACGUCUAUGAUAAGGAGUUUAGGGCGAGCCAGAAUGGGAGAGUUUCUAUUGUGCUCGAUAGCGCUUGGGCGGAAGCUGCUAGCGAUAAGCCUGAAGACGUACUAGCAGCCGAAACCGCCAUGGCUUUCAGCAUGGGCCUAUACGCCAACCCAAUUUACAACGGAAACUGGCCCCAAAUAGUCAUCGACCGUGUGGGAAAUCGCAGCUUGAACGAGGGAUUCCCCGCAUCCAGACUGCCCCAGUUCACCCCCGAGCAAAUCCAAUUAAUCAAAGGCACUUCCGACUUUUUCUGCUUGAACACAUACGCCACCAGCUACUCCCAGUACCAGAACACCGUAAACGAGAGCAUCGGCACCCCGGAUUACCAUCUGGACAUGGGGGUGCGCAGUUACAGGGACCCUUCGUGGUCCGCGGUGGUGGACUGGGUGGCUUUGGUACCGUGGGGGUUCAGGAGCCUGCUGAAUUACGUCUGGAACCAGUACGAUGGAGUCAACGAAAUUGUCGUCACGGAAAACGGUUGGGCUGACGUGGAGAGCACCUUAAACGACACCGCUAGGAUCACGUAUGUUAGCGAAUAUCUUAGCGCUUUAUUGGACGCUUAUUACGAAGAUGGGGUGAAUGUUACUGGAUACACUGUCUGGAGUCUCCUGGAUAACUUUGAAUGGACCAAUGGAUACACGCAAAAAUUGGGGAUCGUGCAGGUGGACUUUAACGAUCCCGAUAGGACGAGGACCCCCAAGGAGUCUUAUGGUUGGUACAAGGGGGUGAUAGCCAGAAGGUGUCUUCUGGAAAGUUGUGUUAACUAGUGAAAAAAAGAGAGAAAAUAAUGGAUUUACUUGUAUAAA